AUGCCGCCUGUGGAGAUGACAUCAAAAAAGAAUUUUAAAGCCCUCAAACAUGCGUACUUUACUCAUCCCUCAGAUGUUGAGAAAUACUAUGUUAUUGGUGGAGAAGAAUUCAGAAAGCUGGACGUCUUCGAUAUUGAGGAUGGGCUUGAUCAAAUCUGCAAAGAAGGUUUCAAUAAGACGACUCGUUUGACCAGCGGAGACAUAUUGGUGCAGACAAAAAAUGCAGAACAAAUUGCUAAGUUGAAAUCCAUUACAAGUUUUGGCAACAGUAAAUGUCCGAUUACCGUUUCCGAGAAUGGUGUUCUUAACCAGAGCCAUGCGAUAAUUCGAUGCCCAGAGAUAAUGCAUCUCAAAAUUGAGAGAAUAAUUGAGGGACUGCGAAAGCACUAUGAUGUUAUCGGUGUACAGAGGCUAAAGAGGAGAGUAGAGAAUAAAUGGAUAGAUACAGCAACACAUGUUAUCACGUUCAACUCGCCAAUCAUACCUGCAGAAAUAAAAGUUGGAUUUAUCCAUGUCAAGACAGAGCUUUUCAUCCCUGCACCUUUUCGCUGUGCAAUUUGCCAAAAAUUGGGACAUACCAGGAAACGCUGUAACUCCAGCAAGAAUAAGCCAACUUGUAGCUUUUGUGGACAAGCCGCCCAUCUUUAUGGCCCAUGCCUACCCCCACGAUGCGUAAAUUGUCAAGGUGAUCAUCCAAGUUCGAGCAAAAUAUGCCCGAGAUACCUGGAGGAGAGAGAAAUCAACGCCAUUAGGGUGUCUCUUAGGAUACCCUAUAAAAUGGCCAAAGAAGAAUUCGUCAAGAGGAGAGGAAGAGCACCUGCGCUACCUAUUUCUGCACCAUCUACUUCGCGCCAAAAUCAACAGGGUCAAACUUCUUUUGCCGAUGUGGUUAAGUCAAACACUACUACAAAGUCCAUCAAGCCAGACAGCAAACUUCUAUCAAGAGUGUCAACGAGAAGUAAAACCAUUACACCAAAAAUCACCCAAAAGGAAAUGAAGAGAACAAUUCAAAAAGUCAAGGAAGACGAGAGACUUUCUAAGAUCGACAUUGAAAAAUCUGCUGAAUCUCAACCCAAUCAAACUCAAAAAUAUCUUAAAAUCCAAACUCAAAACUCAACUCUCUCAGCUAACCAGAUUUUAAAUCCAUUGGCAACCUUCCGUGGAUUUCACGCACUUGCUCCUGAUUACCCAUCAUGCUCUCGGGAAAUGAUGAUUUCCCCUGAACCGGACGAUCCUGAUGAGCCAGAACCGCCUGAUAUUGAGAUAUCAAGCGCUUCUGAUGAAAAUAUGUGA